AUGGAGCCAAUGAAUUCACCUGAAACAGCAGACAUUCAGUCAGAGCCUGCUGUCCCACUGCCUCCUUCUAUUAAUGUUCCUCCCCCACUGAGAGAUGGUGAGUGUUACCAUGUCUUCAUCAGCUACAGCAGCACUGACUACCAGUGGACCCACUCCGUCAUCAACCAGCUGGAGUCCUGCGGCCUGCAGGUCUGCUACCAUGAGCGGGACUUCACUCCCGGCCGCACCGUGUUGGAAAACAUGUCGGACUGCAUCCAGGAGAGCCAGAAGGUGCUGCUGGUCCUCAGCCCGGAGUUUGUGAGGAGCCGCUGGUGCCUCCUGGAGGCCAACAUGUCUUUGUUCAGAGACUGCUUGGAGAGGAAACCCAUCGUCCCAGUGCUGCUGGAGCCAGGAGUCUCUGUUCCUCUCCACCUCUGCCACCUCACCUACCUGGAGGCCAACGACCCCGACUUUGAGAGUAAGCUGCUAAAGGUGCUCUGCACCGCCAACCAGCAGCUUCAAGGGUCCACUGUGGUGCCUUUCCAGCCUCCCUCUAUCUACAACGGGAAGGUCCUGCAGCCUUUGAUUGCCGUCAACGAGGAGGGACUCAAUAAAUGGGAUUGUGGUCAGUUCAGUGACAUGGAGGUGCCGGACCAACUGCGCCUGAUCAUUGAGGACCAUGACAAGUACAGAAAGGCCCCCGGCUCCACUGGUCACCUGGAGGGAGGGGUGUGUUUCUGUCAGUAUGUAUCUCAGCAGCUGAGUACAGAGCAAUGGGAAUAG